UGUGGUUACCAAUCAAUUGGUACAACAGAGCAGAGCCAGGCUGCAAUAGCGUGCAGAUCAGACGCCUCGCCUUGUUUCUAGAUAACUGGGAGCCUCUGUACCAUGUCCUAUCCUCAGUUUGGCUACCCUUACUCCUCUGCACCCCAGUUCCUGAUGAGCACCAACUCCCUGACGACCUGCUGCGAGUCCAGCAGCCGGACGCUGGCUGAGACGGGGGCGGCCGCCUCCGCCCAGACCCCCGUGUACUGCCCGGUGUACGAGAGCCGCCUGCUCGCCACCGCCCGACACGAGCUCAACUCCGCCGCCGCCCUGGGGGUCUACGGCGGACCCUACGCCGGGCCCCAGGGCUAUGGAAACUACGUGACCUACGGUACCGAGGCUCCCGCCUUCUACUCCUUGAACAGUUUGGACGCGAAGGACGGGAGCGGCUCUGCGCAUGCGGGCAUCGCCCCGGCGGCUGCCUACUACCCCUACGAUCACACCCUCAGCCAGUACCAGUACGACAGGUACGGGACGAUGGACGGCGGGACGCGGAGGAAAAACGCCACCCGAGAGACGACCAGCACGCUGAAGGCCUGGCUGCAGGAACAUCGCAAGAACCCCUACCCCACCAAGGGCGAGAAGAUCAUGCUGGCCAUCAUCACCAAGAUGACCCUCACCCAGGUCUCCACCUGGUUCGCCAACGCCCGCCGGCGGCUCAAGAAGGAGAACAAGAUGACCUGGCCCCCGCGGAACAAGUGCUCUGACGAGAAGAGGCCCUAUGAGGAAGAGGAGGAGGAGGAGGAGGAGGGUUCGCAGGAAGAGACGAUGAAGAGCGGGAAAGCCGAGGAACCCACGGGCAAGGAGGAGAAGGAACUGGAGCUCAGCGACCUGGAGGACUUGGACGCCGCCGAGUCGGAGAGCUCGGAGUGCGAGCUGAGGCGGCCCUUCCCACACCCGCUCCCGCAUCCGCAUCCGCACCCGCUCCCGCUCCCGGGCGGCAGCCACCCGCCGCGGACCGCCGAGCUCCCCGCCAAGAUGCCGCCGCCGGCUGCCGCCAGGGAGGAGGAAGAGGAGGAGGAGGCGGCGGCAGAGCGGGCGCGGAGCUGCCUGAAGACGGCGGCGGAGGAGUGCGGCCCCGACCCGCUGGGCGCUCGGCAGCGCGGCUGCGAGUCCAAGAUGUGCUUCCAGCAGGGGCAGCAGCUGCUGGAGGCGAAGCCCAGGAUUUGGUCCCUGGCGCACACUGCCACCUCCCUCAACCAGGCCGAGUACCCCUCCUGCAUGCUGAAACGGCCGGGGGGCUCGGCCGCCGCCGCCGCUCCCGCCCCGGUCAGCGUCAUGGACAGGCACCAGGACUCGCCGGUCACCAACCUCAGGAACUGGGUGGACGGGGUGUUUCACGACCCCCUGUUCAGGCACAGUACUUUAAAUCAAGCCCUGAGCAACACAACAGUUUCCUGGGCUACCACCAAAGGAGCCAUUCUGGAAACGGGCGCCUUGGGACGCGCGGUGGGGAACGGCGCCAAUGUGCUCAAGGGGCAGCUCUCAAACCUGGCCCACCAUGACUCAAACAAAGAGUUUCUGGCGUUUCCCAAAUCAGGAAGCAAAAUGUUUUGUUCCUAACAGGCCCGCCGAGGGGCAAAGGACUUUCUAACGCUUGAAGAGUCAGCUACACUGAAAAGAGACUUGCAAGAGUUUAAAUUUAAAUAUAAAACUUUUUCUUCUUCUUUUUUUUUUUUUUUUAACAAACAACAUAAACGAGGAUUUAAAGUUCAGUUUGCUCAGUUCAACGGAAAGACUUUGCUCAUUGCUGUUCUGAACAUUUUCUCCUGGCUGCGACUUUAAGGGAUCAAUGUCGUGAAAGUUAUUUAAUUCCAUGUCCAAAAAGCACGUACUAUAGUGUAGACCUUCUUUAAAAGUUUACAUCCGGAAGUUUACAAACGGGAAAUUUUAAUUCAGAUUUAAUUUAAGGCAUGCCGACAUUAGUUGUAAAGACUUUUCGAGAGUUUUUCCUCCUGAUUUCCUUGUUAGCAUAUAAUUCACAAACAGCACUUCUACUAAGUUUACACCUACUGCACAAAUUUAUCUUGACAAAAAAAAAAAUAUGUUAAAAGGUAUGCACACUCCAAUAAAUUGUCUGUUUCAG